AUGGGUUGUGGCGCUAGUGUUCCAAUUGAUGAAGAUGAAAUUGAUCCAUUUCUUCAAGAUAAACGCAUAAAUGAUGCUAUUGAACAAAGUUUACAAUUGCGUCAACAAAACUCGAAAAAGGGAGUCAAAUUGUUGUUAUUGGGUGCUGGAGAAAGUGGUAAAUCGACUGUUUUAAAGCAAUUGAAAUUAUUACAUAAAGGUGGGUUUACCCAACAGGAAAGAAGACAAUACUCUAAUGUUAUUUGGUGUGAUGUUAUCCAAUCAAUGAAAGUUUUAAUCAUUCAGGCAAGAAAAUUGAAAAUUAAAUUAGAUUGUGAUCAACCCAAUAAUCCAUUGAUUCCUUAUAAGCAGAUUAUAUUACGCAGUGAUCCUUUGAAACAAAUCGAUGCUGAUAUUGCUGGUGGCACAGAUUUCUUGAAUGAUUUUGUUGUCAAGUAUAGUGAAGAAAACAAAAACAAGAGAAGAUUGAAAAGUACUGGGACAACUGAUAUAUGGGGUAAAGACGAUGAUUCGCAUAUCAAUUCAGAUGCAAUCAACCAGGCAUUGGAACUGUCGUUGAAUAACGAUUCUGAACAGUUCACACGUCUUUCCAUAGCUGAAGCUAUCCAUAAAUUGUGGAAGUUGGACUCUGGUAUCAAAAAAUGUUUUGACAGAUCAAAUGAAUUUCAAUUGGAAGGUAGCGCUGACUAUUAUUUUGAUAAUGUUUUCAACUUUGCUGAUACAAAUUAUUUGUCAACUGAUUUGGAUAUCUUAAAGGGGAGAAUUAAAACUACCGGUAUCACCGAGACUGAUUUUUUAAUUAAAUCAUUUCAAUUUAAAGUGUUAGAUGCUGGUGGACAGCGUUCAGAACGUAAAAAAUGGAUACAUUGUUUUGAGGAUAUCACUGCUGUUUUAUUUGUUUUGGCUAUAUCUGAAUAUGAUCAAAAUUUAUUUGAAGACGAACGAGUAAAUAGAAUGCAUGAAUCUAUUGUUUUAUUUGAUUCACUAUGCAACUCUAAAUGGUUUGCCAACACUCCGUUCAUAUUAUUUUUGAACAAAAUUGAUAUUUUUGAAAACAAGAUUAAGAAAAAUCCGUUAAAGAAUUAUUUCCCGGACUACAAUGGUAAACCGGAUGACACCAAUGAAGCGAUCAAGUUUUUCGAAACGAAUUUUUUGAAAAUAAAUCAAACUAAUAAACCUAUUUAUGUUCACCGAACGUGUGCUACCGACUCCAAAUCAAUGAAAUUUGUCUUGAGUGCAGUUACUGAUAUGAUUGUGCAACAAAACUUGAAAAAAAGUGGUAUUAUGUAG